AGUAUGUUGGCGCAAAGCUGUUGCCUUCGACUGCUGAUCCUCCUCCUUCUGUUCAAAUCAACCUGCAGCGUUCGCGAAAAAUCCCAAAAAUAUUUCAAGAACCGAAAAUUGCGAGAGAGACGGAUCAAAUUGUACGGCACCAAGAAGACUGAGAUUCAACCACUGUUGAUAAGUACGUGGAACUAUACGGAUGCCAAUUUGCAGGCAUGGAGUGUGCUGCAGCAAGGACCUCGAAGGACUCGCAUGGCCGUGAUGCAGGGAUGCAUGGCCUGUCAGAAUCAGCGAUGUGGACGCCUACUGGCCGGAGGAUCUUCGCCAGACUCGGAGGGAACACUCACCCUGGAGGCGGCCAUUAUGGAUGGAGAACAUUUGGAGUAUGGUGCAGUUGCCGCAAUGGAAGGAGCUCGGAAUGCCAUUCUAGUGGCCGAUGCAGUUCUCAGAUACACCAAACAUUCCGUUCUGGUCGGAAAAAGUGCCACGAAAUUUGCCAGAUCUUUGGGUUACAAGGAGGAGUUCCUCACGGAUGGGCGAACGAAAAGUGUCUGGAAAAAGUGGCGUUCAAACGGCUGUCAACCGAAUUUCUGGCGAGAUGUACGUCCGCCGCCAACGGAAAACUGUGGUCCAUACACACCACUGCCCGAGCACCUGCAUCAGCAUCCGAUGCACCAGGAGUAUGCCAUCACACAGGGUCAACACGAUCAGCUGGCCUUCUUGGCCCUGGAUGCGGAGGGUAAAUUCCAUGUGGCCAGCCAAUCGAGUGGCGCCCAAUUUCGGAUUCCCGGCCGAGUGGGUGAUGCGGCGGUGCCUGGUGCCGGGAUCUAUGCGGAUAACGAUGUGGGUGGUGCGGUGGCCAGUGGCGAUGGUGAUGUCCUAAUGCGGCACCUGCCCGCCUUCCUGGCCGUCGAAGCAAUGCGAGCGGGUAAGCGACCGGACCAAGCCGCCAAGUGGGUGGUGCAACGCCUGCUGCGACACAAUACGGAAUUCAAUGGAGCCGUGGUGGUGGUCAACCGACGGGGAAUCUAUGCCGCCGCCUGUGCCGGACUCGACGAGUUCCAUUUCGUGGUCAGUGGGGGCAAGGGAUACCUCAUCAUGGCGCGCGUGGAGCGGAUCAAGUGCUUGGAGCGGGAGAGUGAAGUCGUAGAUGAUGGACCCAAAGGACUAUUUCCCACCAUACCCGAAAAACAAGCGGUUCCCAGAGGGUAGAAAUUGACUUAGUAUUUUCUAUAUUUACGGUUCAACUUCUACCAUAUUAUCCUUCAACAGUACUACUUGUUAAGCAGUUGCUUAAAAGACCAUUAGCUAUAAGGUAUAAUUUGCCUACAAAUUGUAAUAUUUUUAUUUUUCAUUUACUUUGCUGAGGACUCCCCUCUGAAAAUAUUGACCUAUUCUCAUUUCCUUUGGUAUCAUUCGGGUUUCCCUAUUACCAAGGCUAAAAACUUUUCACUCGCCCCUGUAAGCUUUCAAUUUUUCCUUAACGCUUCCAGUUUUCUCGCUUUGCUACAUUUUUAUUUUCCCUCACGCAUUUUUAUCCCCAAUUCAUCUGCUUUGCAUAUUUCUUUGUUAUGUUUGUAUUAUUUUCGUUUCAUUUUCCAUUUCGGAGCUUUGCCGUCCUCUCUGUUUUUUCGGAUUAUGUAACGUAAUCCCCUCGUGUUGGUUGUAAGGGAAAAUCUGUUGUAAGUGUAUGCAAAUAAGUACAGCUGUGCUUUAAUUUGCCUGGCCAACAAAGUUUGACCUCAGCAUUAAAGUUGCAUUGAAAAACUUAACCAUUUAGGGAAUCAGUAUUAUUAUGUUUAAUUGCUAGAUUUAACUUCAUUGUGACUACUAGAACUAUUAGGCCAUAAAUUAAUAUUGCGCUGAGGAAGUCAAAGUCGAAUGAUACCAUUCAAUUAAAAGCAGAAAUGUCGGUCGUAUCUUUUGCGAACUUAGAUUAUAAGCCUGUGUGUCAUAAAAAUUGAUUGUCAUAACUCACACCGAUCCCAAACCGAUAAGUUCCAGAUAACUGGAGGGCACAUAAAUACAAAAAUGACUGGCGAUGGGCCAUUCGAAGACCUUUUAAGAAGUCAAAAUUUUUCGAUAAGGAAGCUAGCAAAAUAAUAUAAAUACAAAUCAGAAUUAAUGCUAAUAAUUUAUUGCUAAUUAAAAGAAUAUAAACUACCGCAUGAGUCAAUGCAAUAUAAUUUAAACCCUUUAUUUUACAUUUUACCUUUUUGUCCGAAAUAAGCCAGAUAAGAAUUUUUAAUGGCCAAGCAAACAAAUCGUAUACUGGCUGAUAUAGAAACUACUAAUCUAUGGGAAAACAUCUUGAAAUUGCUUAGCACAACAAGUACUGCAUUGUAACAUCUUUAUCAGUCUGUUGACUGAUUAAUAUGAAUUUUCUCAAGUGUCGCAAAACAAUUGUGGAUUUUUCGAUUUCCAAAUUAGCUGCA